AUGUCACCUGGAGAACACCCAGAGAACUGGCUGUGUCUGGAAAAAGAGAGGGAGAAAAAGUAUAGGAAAGUGGCGAGGGAGGAAGAUAGCAGUGAAAUAAGACUGAAGACAGAAGGAUGGAAAGACAGCAAGCAAUGCAACGCAAUAAAACACAAACUCCAACCUGAGAUCCACGAGGUGGUCUCACGCGCAGAGCUCCAGUCGAAGGUCAACGUGGCAACCUCCUCCUCAAAGGUCGAAGAGAUAGCCUCCCAAGCCAUGUUCCUGUCCAAGGUCGAAGAGACAGCCUCUCAAACUAUGUUCACGCCCGAGUCUGCCUACACGGACAACCAAGUUCUGUUCACACCUGAGUCUGCCAACACGGACAAUCAAUCUGCCGACACGGACAAUCAAGUUCUGCUCACGACCGAGUUUGCUGACACUGCCAACCAAGUUAUGCUCAGGCUUGAGACUGAUGACCCGGACAACCAAGUUAUGCUCAGGCUUGAGACUGACGACACGGCCAAGCAAGCUCUGCCUACACCGAAGUGUGGUGACACAGCCAACCGAGUUCAGCCAGCAGAGUCAGUGAAGAACGACACUCAGCCUCUCUGUGUGACUGAGGAUGCCGCUCAGCAUCCCUUGUCCGAGGUCUCUGUAAACGGACGUCGUGAUUUUUCUGGACACCCCUCUAGGAGUUUGUGGUUCAACCUGCGGAAUUUAAAGGCAAAAUGGCGACAGGGUGAUGGAUGGCAGCCGAAUAUCCAGCACUUAACCGAGUGUCAUGGCGAUCUUGUCGUUGCCUACAAAUUUCCAGCGUCGGAAAGGCUGGCGAUCACAUGUCUGGAUGGUGCCACUGUUUUGGAAACUAUUGAUGCUGUCUCUGCCAUGGCAGCAGUGAGAAGUAGUGCCGAGAAAGAGGUGGAAACUGCUGAAUAUUGCACUCAGGAGCUGUCAGGCUCUCACACUUCCUCUCCCACCACCUCUACCUGCAACAACAACAACAACAGCAGCAGCAACAGCAGCAGUGUGGGACCACAGCAGUGCCAAUCUUUGGACAGUCACCAAAGCCUUUUAAAUGGAGCACAGCCGAACCCAUUUGUCUGUGGCAGUGUCCUGGCUGCCCCCUGCACAGAUGAUUCAUUGCCUUCAGGAGCACUUGUUAAUGGAUCUGCUUCACACUGUACCUCAGAGGAACCCCACGUCCCCAACAAGGAUUCGUCCCCUUUGCCUGGGACAGACACCAACCCUGAGGUGUUGGAGCCUCCCUGCGAGCUUCAAUCAAACACUUGGCGAAAAGCAGAAGGGCACGUUCUGAAAGCACCAUCCACACGGACCCUAUCUGAUUCGGACAACAGCGACUCUGAGACUCCCUUGGUGGGGAACAAUGCAGAUAGCGGGGCAAUCAGCCGGGUAGGGACAAACAACAGCGUCAAAGCAGGAUCCUUGUGGGAUGUUGUUGAGUCCGAGUCCGAGUUGUCAGAAAGCUCCUCUGAUAACUAUGAUGGCCUAAACAGAAGUCUUCGAGAGAAGUUUAUGUGCUUCCUGUUGAAAGGCAGGAUACUUGAUGAAGUGGUGAAAGGAAAGAUAAAGGUGGGAGGCCUUCAGUCAGCCAGCUCAAGGAGGAGGAAACGAAAAACAUGCAGAGUAAAAAGGAUACCAAUGGAGGAAAAAGUUAACGAGGGCUUCAGCUGUGCCUCCCUUAUUAACAUGGACUUGGAUUUUGAGUCGUCUGUUAGUGAAGAACAUUCCUUGAGGCAGGAUUCGGAAAGUUUGAAAGCACACAUAGACUCGCAUCUGGGGAAUUCCCAAGACAAGAAGAACUUAAUUUCAAGUGAGAAUGUAGGCAGGCCCAAUGAAGCAGACACCUACGUGGGUGGCCAACCUAUGCCAUUAAAGAGAGAGCUGGAAAUAGGCUUGGAGUCAAAGCAGUCGUUCUUCCAAUGCACAAAGUGCAAUGUUAAUUUCAAGGAGAAAAAGCAUUUGCAUAGGCAUAUGAUGUAUCAUUUAGAUUGGCAUAAUCAGGUAGGGCAAGCGAGCAUCCUUUGCCCCUUUAUAUGCAAAGAGUGUGGGCGUUCAUUCUGCGAGCGUUCUUCCUUGCAGAAGCACAUGCUGAUCCACCAGGUGCGAAGGGAGAGGUUGAUGGAGGAGAUUAAAGAUCUGAAUGACCUGAGAAGCCAGGGAGGAGAAGCUCGGCUGCAGUGUCCCCAGUGUGCUUUUAGAACUAACUGUCCACAAACAUUCAUUGAUCAUGCCAAGACCCAUGAAAAGGACAAACAUUAUUACAGUUGUGAAGAUUGUAGUCGCAUAGUGUUGAGCAAGUCAGAUAUGGAAGCACACCAACAGAUCGCUCACCUCCGUGCAUGCCAAGGAAGAGUCAUAAAACCAUUGGGCAUGCUUAUUUGCAAAAUUUGCACAUUUAGAACAAAGUAUAGAGACAUUUUAAGAAAGCACCUGGAACUCGUACAUGACCAGCCACUAUGUGAUUAUGAACUUCAGUCACACAAUAUGGUAGCUGACCCUGCAGGGUCUGUGUCCAAGCAGGACAGAGUAACGGGCCAAACUGAAGCAGACAACUUAUCUCCAAAGUUCCUCAGAGAGAAGCAGAAAAAAAGUGGAGCAGGGCUGUCUACAUGGUCCAGUGGCCUUGCUGACCUUUUCCUGAGCGAUAAGGGCACACAAAAAUCCUGUAAAAGUUUGAGCUCUUCACUGGCCAAAUGGAGCAAUGGCAGCUUAGCAAACAACCUGUCACCAUCUUCCCUGCAAUGUGACAAGCCAAGUAAAUUAUCUCGGCCUACAGAGAGAAUAAAUGUGACAACAGGUCUCUCCUAUGUUGAAGAGGACAAUCAAGAAUGUGAAAAUGUUGUCUCCAAACAGAACACAAAAUAUCUCUCCAGGUUUGACAUGAAUCUUGCGAUCAAGUCUGCAAUCUCCAGCAAAGCUGUACGUCUGGACCACGAUGUUGUUAACACUUCCAAAGAUCCCUCGCCUGGAAGCAGUUUAGCAGUACAGAAACAAAAAUCUCCCUCUAAAAGAAAAAUGUCCAUUCCAUAUCACAACACUCCUAAGAAAAUUCCAAUGAUUUUACCAAAUCAUGAAUCGCCAACUCCAGAAAGGCUUGAUAUUUAUUCUUUGCACAGUGGUAACUACAAUGGCACGAAUUUUGAUUAUGCCAAUCAGGCAAAUGAUGCCAGUUAUCCCAGUGAGGGCAUAGCACACUUCCUGGAUAGCAGCGAUGCCACUGACCCCAUAACCCAGCAGGGAUAUUUCCUUAAAAAUUACAUCCAUGACUCUCCUGAUCAGUCAGAUCUUGAUAGCAACGUGGAAGACGAUGAUGAGAUCAGAACACUCGUAGUGAAAGAAGAGAACAUAGAGAGUGCUGUGAGCGAGGACAAUCCAGAGUGUACUGAUCCUAAUCUCAGUGAUUCUUACAGUAGCUACUGCGUGUCCCCCGUGUUUGAACCAGAUCGGAAAUGCUGUCCGUACUGUCCUGCUGUGUUUGAGUCUGGGGUGGGUUUGUCCAAUCACAUCAGAGGACAUCUGCAUAGAUGUGGCUUAAGCUAUGAGGCUCGUCACAUGCUGUCACCUGAACAGGUGGCGUCUCAGGACCGGCAGCCUCGCAUUCGCAGAAGAGCAUCCUCCCUGAGCAACAGAAUCAGGAGAGAUAAACCUGAGUCUCAGACUGAACACACCUGCCCCCUGUGUCUGGGAUGGUUUGAUACUAAAACCGGCCUGUCCAAUCAUGUGCGGGGUCACCUGAAGCGGAUCGGCAAGCCAAUCUCAGGUGUCAGCAAGUCUCCCUUGUGCAUCCUCACCGAACUCCUGCAGGACAAGGACGAGCACAGGAACAUUCUCCGAGCACUUGAGGCCAAACCUCGCAUCUCCAGACCUUUCAUUUCCCAGGCGUUUGCAGGAAGCGAGGGCCUGUUUCUUACACCUACUGGGGUCCCAGUGAAGAUCCAGCACUCUGCUAACAGACUGGUCUCUGAGGAGGGUGAGAAGAGGAAGAAGAGAGAGGAGAAGAUGAAUGAGAACAGUGAAAGCACUUUAGUAGAACUUCUUAAAAAGCAGAGACUGGACCAGAAGCUGGCUGUCACAUGUCACUCUAAGACUGCCAGAGCUCGUUUUAUUGUUUCUCCAUCCAAGAAGAUUUCUCCUGAAGCUCUAUCGGGCUCCAUAUGUAGCCAAGGAAAAUUUGAUGGAAAGAAGAUUUGUAUCCACUGUAAUGCAACUUUCCACAGCGGUGUCAGUCUGUCCAAUCAUCUUAGGGCUUAUGCACGCAGGAAGAGGAUCGCCAUGCUGGAGGGAACGUCAUAUGAUUGUAAUCAGAAACUGCCUCGGUCGAGGUCUGGGCCAAAGAGGAAGGCGUUCCACGCUCUACACACCACCUCUGAAGUGAUCUACACGCUGACAUGCAGGUUCUGCGAUCUGGUCUUCCAGGGUCCGCAGUGUGUGCAGGAGGACUGGCUGAAGCACCUGCAGAGACACCUCAUGCACACUGCUGUCAGAGGCACAGGCACUGGGAUGGUAGAGGUGCCAGUUGUGUGUGAGGAGCCAUGUGCUCCGGACUGUGUCACUCAGGGGCUCUAAAUCACGUUUACACUCAAGCUUUAUUCACAUUACCACUUUUGUGCAUAUGUAAACAGGACGAUAGGAAGAGACUUGCAGAAAUGUAUUCUAUAUAGAGAUAUCUCUGGACAAGUGUAGAAAAUUUUAUAUAUAUAUAUAUAU